UUCACUUCGAUUUUGGGCUGUGCCCUCACUAUUCACUAUCUACGGCAGGCCCUGAUUUAAUGAGAAUUAUCUUCACGGCGAUUUACUUCCGCUCUUUUCUCUUUUUUGUUCACCAAUCUUGUAGGAAGCCUAGAUUUCAAGGAUUUAAUAGUGUCGCAUACCCAACAUGAGGACUUCAAGCUUUCGGAGGCGUGUUCGCGCAAACGACUUAAGGAUAUCUGUUCGCGACGAUGUUCCGAACACCGUCGAAGAUUCCGACUUGUCCGAUUCUGAUGAUGAAGGAGAGCCGGACACACCCUCACCAACAACAGAAACUUUUCAAUCUCCUACUCCCGCACCAACUGCACCUACCGAGAGUUCUACGCAACAACUGGGAGGGAUCACGCCAACACCAAGCAGCUCAGACCCUACCGAGCCGACAGCCAUUAGCUCUAGUUCUGAUGUGUUGCCUGCUCAGACUUCUUCGAUCAACGUGGGUGUCACUCAGAGCACGCCACCUCAGACCGGCGAAACUAUUCAGGCGCAAGCAAGUCAAUCAGGAAAUGAAGCGCCUGGUAGAAGUAGGGAUGGGGCCAUAGCGGUUGGCUCAGUUGGAGGAGCAGUAGUUGUAGCUGCUAUCAUCUUUAUCCUAUGGAAAUGGAGGCGACGACGAAACCGAGCGGGAGGUAGUCUCUAUUCAGAGUCCACUUCGUUCUCAUUUUUCGGGAGAAGAAAAGCUUCCCCUCGUCCAACGAUGGCAAACUAUGGGCCACCAGGAAGAACGCAAUCGGGAAUUAUGGAUGACCUCAUGGCGGCUGCAUAUGCUGCCGAAGAUGGCAAUGCUUCGCAGUAUGGUGGUUACACAGACGAGAAGCAGCGAAUGAAUGCAUCUGUAUAUGCCCCGAACCCGACACAGCCUCCACCGAUUAGAUACUCCGGUGCUGUGGGACAACAAACAGCAGUGAACUCCGACAGAGACUCGCACUCUCUUUAUGUGAACCAACUCCUCUCUGGAUUCUAUAAGGGCUCGAAUUCUGACGGCCUCGCUGCCCCACCCGGCGCAAGAGUACCCCCACCAGCUCCAUCUGUAGCUGGACGAACCGAGGUUACGAAUACUACCGAAACCACUUGGAAAACAUGGGGCUGGGAGCAGAAGAAACCGCAAAAAGAGACAUGGGUCGAUAAGUGCAUUCGCUUAGGAGGUUUAAAAUGAAAGCCACCUGUUUGACAAGUUUGUAUAGCAGAUUAGGACUCCAGAUCGAGUUGCGACGCCAUUUUGAAAUCUAAAACUUGCGAGAUGCGCAUAU